AUGGGAAUUUUCUUAUCCCAGCUGAAGGCUGUCCUAUUUAGAAGAUCAAUUCUUCAAUUACGAGGUAUAAUUAGUACCAUAAUUGUAGAUUUGGUUGUUAUUGCUUUAUUAUUAGUACCUGCAAUCUUUAAAUUAUCUUCGGACAAGGCAGGAGAAGGAGUCACGCAUAUAACAACAAAUUCUUUGGAUGAUUUAGAAAAUUAUAACAAUCUUUCAAUUACAAGAAUAAAGGAUCCUGGUUGUGAUGGCGGGUUCUGUUUCCCAGAAUUAUUAGACAUUUUAAAAAAGAUGAUAAAAGAUGAAAUAAAUGUAGACGUCAAAGUCAACGAGUUUGAUACUUUCGAUGAUCUUAAUGAUUUUCAAAACAAAACAACAUCAGACCCUCAUCAUUCAUUAAAUAAUAUAUUUGGUUAUCAAAUCGUUAACAACUCAUAUUAUCGUACAGAAGAUGACAAAUAUAACGCAAGUAUAACAUGCAACGUUGUUGUUAACUAUUCAAAUUUUCAAACUUAUCAUUUUGAGACUCUAUUUCGUCGUGCAGUAUUUAAAAUGAUGAAUCCAAGUAUUUCAGAUUCCGAUAUUUAUUAUAAUUUUUCAGUUAGAUCCGAAGUAAUGGCAAAAGAAGAAGGAAAUUCAUAUGUUGCAGAUAUAUACUUUAUAAUAUAUGCCAUUGCCAUUGUAAUAUUUAUUUCAUUUGGCUUUGGUCAAAUUAUAGAAGAUUUACACACACCUACGCGCAGUUAUAUGAUUGCUUGUGGUUUAAAUAGGUUUGCAUACUGGCUUGGUAACUUCAUUAUCGACUUUGCUCAUUUGUUUAUAGUAACAGUUAUCGCUUUCAUUAUCAAUAUGAUUCUCAAAGAACCAAUCUUUAUGAAAUUCAAUGGAUAUAUAUUUUAUGCAGUGCUUAUUACAUUAAUUGCAUCAAUCAUCUAUGCAUAUAUUUGGGGAUUUUUACUUCGCAAUCGAAACAGUGGCGCAACAAUGUUUUUUAUUGUUCACAUUAUUUUCACAUUGACAGCGUAUUUUGUUGGUUUGAUGCUAAGACAACAAAUAAAAUCACUAUCUCUACUAAAGCUCAUUAGAUGUCUCUUCUGCAUAUUCCCAAUGAAUAAUGUUAUUAACUUAUUUUAUGCUCCAAUUGAACCUAUUAAAUUUCAAGCUCCAUUAAAUUCGGUUAAAUUGGAUGCAGAUUCUUAUUAUAAGAUCCCCAUUAUUAUCCCGAUUAUUGGCAUUAUUUUGUAUUUGUUAAUAUUGUUAUUGAUUGAAGCGUUAGGCAAAUCUGCAAAGAAGAAAUUCUCAAAAUUCGGAUGGUCUGGACAUGAAAGAGAAUUUAAGGAAUUCAAAGAUAAACAAAAGAUUACAAAGGAAGCAAUAGAUAUGGAACAGAGUGUUCAUAAUUCAUCAGAGGAAUAUGCAAUUAAAAUCAAAGAUGUUUCGAAAUUCUAUUCAGGACCAAAUGGCAAAAACAUUUAUGCAGUCAAUCAGGUUUCACUCGGAAUCAAGAAAGGAUCUCUCUUCGGUUUCUUGGGAUCGAAUGGUGCAGGAAAGACAACACUUAUGAGGAUCAUACUUCGUGAUGAAGCACUUUCAAAUGGAAGUGUCGAAAUUGAAGGUGAUGACAUCGAGAAGUCAUUCGAUCCAAAGAAGAUCUCUCGUUGUCCUCAGUUCGAUGACCAUCUCACAGGAAACUUGACAGGAAGACAGAACCUCAAGUUCUUCUGCUACUUGUACAACAAGAGUCGAAGCGAGACAAAAGAAAUCAUCGAUAAGAUGGUUGAUACACUUGACCUUAGUGAACACAUCGACAAGAAAGUCGACAACAUGUCCGGUGGCAACCGAAGGAAGUGCGCCGUCGCGAUCACAUUCAUCUCAGAUGCGAACAUAAUACUCCUCGACGAACCAACUUCUUCACUCGACCCGAUUGCGAGACACAAGGUUCACAACUUGAUCAACGAAUACAGAGGCGAGAAGACAUUCAUGUUAUGCACACACCUCCUCGAUGAAGCAGAAAACCUUUGUGACAACAUAUCAAUCAUGCUUAAUGGAUGUGUUUUCACCAUUGGCACACCACAAUACCUGUCCAACAGAUUUGGUACUGAAUGGAAAGUUGAUGUUCUUUUGAACGACAAGAGCGAAGAAACACAAAACACUGUUUCUAAUUUCUUCUUGCAAGGCAUUCCGAGUGCUGUUGCAACAAUCUCACGUCCUUUGAGUAGAAUAUACUCAAUCCCGAGGAACGACAUUUCAAUCACGAAACUGUUCCGCCUCCUUGAGCAAGCGAAGACAAACAACAUGGGAAUCAAGUAUUACACAUGCUCUUGCUCAACUCUUGAAAAGGUUUUCCUCGAAAUUGUCAUGUUAAGUCAAAAUAAUGAUGAUGAACAAGAUGAGCAAUAG